AUGACCAGUGAAGAAUCCGUGUUGGACGGUCCGGACGAGUUGGAUGACUUUUCGGAACUUGACAGCGACUAUGAGGCUUCGCUGAAACCCAGAGCACGGAGAAAGCAGGCAGAGCCCGAGCCUCAGCCACCCAAGAGACCCAGACGCACCGCUGCACCCAGGGUGGCGCCCAGCCCCCACAGCGGCCCCACCUCCUCCCACCUCCAGCAGCAGCCACGCUCUCACAGGGCAUCCAGACAGGUCUCGCCUCGACCGGUGACCGCCGUGACCGGGAGGAUCCAGGACCUCACUGCACAGGACAUUUAUGAUUCUGUCAGCUCUGGAAGGGGCGCCAUGUCGGCGUUGGUGGACGAGUGGCUUGACAGCUACAAGCGGAGCCGAGAGGCCGGGCUGCUGGUGCUCAUCAACUUCAUUGUUCGGUCCUGCGGAUGCAGAGGUGUGGUCAGCCAGGAGAUGUUUGACAGCAUGGAGAACGCCGAGAUCAUCAGCACCCUCACCAAAGAGUUCAAUGAGGACUCGGUGGACUACCCUCUGUCCACUCCAGGUCCUCAGCUGAGGCGUCUGAAAGCAGGCCUGUGCGAGUUUGUGAAGGUUCUGGUGCGCUCCUGCCAGAACAGCAUCGUCUAUGACGAGUACCUCUUCCCGUCGCUGCUGGCUCUGCUCACCGGCCUGUCCGACUCGCAGGUCCGAGCCUUCAGACACACCAGCACCCUGCUUGCGAUGAAGUUGAUGACGGGGUUGGUGGAAGUGUCUGCUGCCGCGUUCCUUCAGCUGCAGACCGCCCAGCGGAGGUACGACACGGAGAAAAGCAAGAGGGUGCAGGACAGAGCGUUGGACAGGCUGCAGGAAACAGUCAGCGAGUUGCGAGAGAACUGCGAGGAGCUGUCCUCCAUGAUGAACACCACUUUCCGCGGCGUGUUUGUGCACCGUUACCGAGACAGACUGGUGGACAUCCGGGCCACCUGCAUGGAGGAGCUGGGCGUUUGGCUGAGAACAGACCCCAAAGAGUUCCUCAAUGACGGAUACCUUAAAUACCUGGGAUGGACCCUGUAUGACAAGCAAAGUCCGGUGCGUCUGCAGUGUGUGCGUGCCCUGCAGGGUCUGUACCAGGAGAAGGAAUUCAUUGGCCGCCUGGAGCUUUUCACCAGCAGAUUUAAAGAAAGGAUGCUCAGCAUGGUGCUGGACAAGGACCUAGACGUGGCAGUGGAAACGGUCAAGCUGUUGCUGCUCAUACACCAGAUGACAGAGGAAGGCUUUACAGAGGACGAGUGCGGACACAUCUACCCUCUGGUUUACGCCUCGCCUCGACCUCUCUCUUCUGCGGCGGGGACCUUCCUCUACGAUAAGUUGAAGAGUGUCAUCGCCAGUCCUGGAAAAGAGACUGAAAAAAGGAACAACGCAGCUUUUUUUCAAAUCCUCAUCUCUUUCUACAUCUGCAGCGAGUUCCACGAGCACGGGGCUUACCUGGUGGACAGCCUGUGGGCCGUGGCUGGAUCUGAGCUGAGGGACUGGGAGACCAUGACAGCUCUGCUGCUGCAAGACUCCGGGCUGACGUACGAGGACGAGGGGGCGCUCAUAGAGCUGAUGACGUGCGCCAUGAGACAGGCGUCGCAGGCCACUCCACCUGUGGGACGGACUCAGGGCAAAAAGGUGCUGAACAUGAAGGACAAGAAGACGCAGGAACAAGACCGGAAGCGCCUCACCAAUCACUUCAUGCCCUUACUGCCUCCUCUGCUGGCCAAGUACUCGGCAGAUGCAGUGAACUUGAAGUGUCUUCUCAGAGCUCCACUCUACUUCGAGCUGGAGAUGUACAGCAGCGCUCAGGCGCUGGAAAAGCAUCUGGACCUGCUGCUCUUACAGCUCAGCGACAUUGUGAAGAAGCACACGGAGGGGACAGUGUUGGACGCCUGCGCCAAAGUGUUCAGCGCACUCUGCUCCGAUCGCUACACCUUCUGCUCCCGUGCACGGCGGACCGUCAGCCGGCUGAUGGACCACCUGACGGAGCGCUUCAGCUCAUACCUGAACGAGCUGCUGGAGGGUGCUGCAGAAGAGGAUGAAGAAUAUAGUGCAGCCACCGCCUUGAAAAGGAUUGCGGCACUGAGCUGUGCGAAUGACUCGACGGGCUGGAAGCUGCUGGACUCGUGUCUUGAGAUCCUGAAGAGCAGACUGGAGUCCAGAGAGCUCAACAAUGAGCUCAUGGUGGCAGCUCUGAAGUGUGCAGGCCUGCACCUGAUGUGGGCCAAAGUGAACGCGGUGAACUCCACUCCGCCCGAGGCUGAACUGAAGCCUCUGAAGAAGGAGGUGCGCGUUUUCAGCAGACUCUGUCAGACCUGUUUGUCUGUGAAUCAGACAGAGAUCAGAGAUCAGGCCUUCGAGCUGUUAUGCGACCUGCUGCUGCUGUACAGCGUGGGUUCGGUGAGCUCCACGCCCGCCCUGCAGACUCUGUCCCUCCUGCCGUCCGACUCUCUGUGCUCUGAGCUCUCCGCCUUCCUCCUGGACUUCAUCUUCACUGACGCCGAGGACGCCGAGCUGGACGGUAGUGAGGAGGAGAUGAAGAUGAAGCUCCUUCAGAAGAAGCGCAACCAGCUGGCCGGGUACUGUAAGCUGGUCAUCUACGGGGUGCUGGACCUCACCGCUGCCACCAACAUCUUCAAGCACUACAACAGCAAGUACUUUAAAGAUUUUGGUGACAUUAUCAAGGAAACUGUGAGCAAGAGCAAGCUCAUCAACCCCGUACUGAGCGCCCGGGUGGUCUGCCUGAGCCUGCAGCAGCUGUUCUCAGAGAUGCUUACGGAGGGCCACAGCAGGAAGGAUCUCAAUGAGAUUAGCGAGUCAGCCAAGAGGCUUGCCAUGAGCUUUGGCAUUGAUCUGCAUCGUGUCCGCAAACCAAUGAUGACCCUGCACAUGGACGGCAUUCGAUUUGCAUUUCGAAGCUCACAGGAGGAGGGGGAGGAGGAGCAGCAUCCACAUCUGGACUUCCUGGAGAUCCUCACAGAGUUCACAUUCAAGUUGCUCCCACAGGAUCGCGCCCAACUAGUUGUGUUCCUGAAGUCCCAGUGUCCCCCUGCUGCCCUCUCCUGGCCGUCCGUCAGACUGUACCGCAGGUCUUUGGAGCACCACGCCUCCGCCAAAUCCAAGGAGGUGGAGGAAGACCAGGACACCGGCUCCCUGCUGCUCUCGCCUUUACCCAAACGCAAGAGGACCUCUGCUCAGGGUUCAGCGGCCAGCACCAUCAGAGGAUCAUGGCUGAGCAGCAACAGCAUCUCCAGCGGCGCACAUCCACCGCCUCUCACCUCCACCGCGAGGAAAGAGCAGACUCUGCCGCCGAACGGAGCACGCAGGGCCGAAGAGUCGGACGCCGGAGGCGCUCUAACUGAGGUGGAUUCAGAAGAGGAGUUCUCCUCCAGGGUUCAGAUGAGGAAGCUGAAUACCACCAGGCGGCGCCACCUGCCCCCCAGCAGCAGCAGGACCCCCUCCACCGUGGAGCCAGAGGACCUGAACGCCCACCUCAACCUGCUGUCUCUCAUGGAGGAGGCCAACGAACAGGACGAGGAGCCAGAGAUUGAAGACUUUGAAAGUGACUUCAGUGGACAUGAAACUGGAUACACUCUGCCGUCUACUCGCACUACUUCUGUCAUGGAUGAGCUCUUUGACUGAGACCGCAGAUGCGACAAAGUUCCUC